AUGUCGUUACACAUUUACAUUGCUCACUCUGGUGAGCACAUACUGGCUGAUCCGGUAGCCUUUGCUUCUCCGGAAGCGCUAAGAUCAUGGAUUAUCAAGAAUACCUCGAUCCCUCUUUCAAGGCAGAUCUUGAUGACUGCCCGAGGGAAGAAUGUGAAGAUACAGACACUUGCCACCGAGACCGAGAUCUUCGUGUAUGACCGACAAUACCUGAACGAGAAUGGUGACGUCGAGCUCCCCGAGCUACCUCCGCCCGAACCCUUUCAGUCUGGCAGCCCUCCAGCAUCCCUCUCCGAUGAGAACAACCUACAAGCAUGGCAGCGUUUAUUCCUAGCACGAAAAACGUGGGCCUCGGAACUAUUCAGCCGCUGUGGGAGCAUCUACAAGGAUGUCCAGGAACAUAACGACCGGACCAACAUCAUACAUCGGGCUGUUGGGGUUGCGCUGGAGAACCUCAAAUCGCACGUUGGGAGCUUGGAACGCAAGUUCCAAGAUGCACAGUCAUGGGCUAAUAAUUUGCUGGAGGAGCAACAGGCUGCUCUCGAUGGCUGGCAACGUGCCCUAGCAGUGUUGGAGGAGAUACCGGCCAGGAAAGACUUCCCUCUUCUGGGGCGGCCAGCGACACCCAAGAAAGACAGCAGCCGGCUGACGGGUUCUCUGAACGAUUUCGUUGACGCAAGCGAGGUUCAGCAGGCUGGUGCGAAUGCAACGGAUGCGCUGCCUCGCUUCGCCGGUCAGAUGCAAGAAGUUGAGAAGACCGUGGUCGAAAUCGUUUCGGAUACCCAGCGCUUGGUGGGAAAUAUUGACUUUACUCCUGCCGAGAAUGAGGACGAUCUCCUUGAGGAAGUUGAAACAAUUGUAAAAAAGAUCGGUUCGGACCAUGAACAUGUGAAUGGUUUAACGAACAACCCGAAGACAGUGGUAAAUGUCUCUCGACUGGCACUUAAUCACACCCAAAAUCUGCUUCCAUCCCUAAAACUUGCAAGUGCCGACCUCCAACAGGCUCUCGAGUUAGCAGUUAGGCAGCGGAGCACUGCGCAGAACGUAGCUCUUGGGCAGAUGCGGGCCAUUUCAUUACUCCAAUUUCGGUUGGCAGAUGCGCACACCAGGUUGCUCAACCUUGGUGUCCAUACAAACGCAUUCGAAAUUAUAUUUGCUGUCUUCCAGAUGCCGAUGGUUUAUGGCUCGAUUCUAAUCGAGUCCGUGCGUCGCCGCGAAUGGAGCGAGAAGAUCAAAGCCGAUUCCUUAAAUCUGGCGGAAGAGAUGGCUGUCUUGCGAGAUGAGGAACAGCGACGUCGGAAGAAGUGGCUCAAGAACAUGGGAGACCACAUAUCCGCUGGUGACUCCGCAACACUUGGGAUUGAAGUCAAUCUACAAGGGCAGGACGAGGAAUGGCCCGAGGUGACUCGUAAGGAGAUCGAGACUUAUAUCGAAAAUCUACGAUCCAAGCAUCUCCUUAAAAGUAUUGCGGAUGAUUUAACACAGCAGUUCAAGGAUCUAGAUUCCCCCACUCGUCAGCAAAGACGACGCGCUAAGGCCUUCAAAAAUGGUAGUGUGUUUGACCUGAGUCGGAGUUCAAUGCUGCUACGAGGGGAUGACAUGGUCCGAAGCUUACAGGAUGAAAAGACUAAACUCGAAGAGCGUCUCAAGGGCUCUGAAAGUCGUGUUCGCAAGUUGGAGGACCUCCUUCAUCGCCAAAGUCAUUUCAGUCGACCAUCUAGCGGGAACUUUGGACCCGACUUCCCAACUUCACCUGCAUCUCCACACCCCGAUGCUCUCUCCAGGCGGUCUUCGGUUUCCUCCAGACGUGUUUCUAUGACCCAGUCUCCCGAAGACAGAGUACUUGUCCAGCGCAUAGUAUCACUUGAAGCUGAGCUUACGGCUGAGAAGGAAGCUGUGCAGAGGCUCCACAAAGAGGCUCAUGCUGAGCGACAGUCUAAUUCAGACAAGUACCAAGAAGCUCAAUCGACCAAGAAAGAUCUCAUUGGGAAUCUUGAGGCUCGGCAGCGCGAGUUUGAGGAUGAGAGGAGAUUCCUUGAAACCGAACUCAAGAAGUAUCGGCUUCGCUCCGAAGAAGUGGAAGAAGAGCUAGACAAGCUCAUGGAUGGACGGGACCAUGAGAAACAAGAAGCCGAGGACCGAAUUCACCAACUUGAAACUGACCUGCAGAGUGCUCAAACAGUCUCUGCAGAGGAGUCUCAAAGGGUCAAAGAUCUUGAUGCACGUGCCCAAGCCCAGGAGGCCAAGGAGCAGGAUCUUCAGGCCAAGAUUGAUGACCUCGAGCGCCAGCAAAAGGAGUGGAGCCAAAAGAAUCAAGAUAACUAUGGUGCUUUACAAUCGGCUUUCAUGAACUUAUCACCCGGAGGUUCUGUGCCGGUUGAACUACCCGGCAUCAUUCAUGCUAUCGAGAUACUCUCUGAGGGUCUUUCCAUCCAUGCUAGAACUGCCGAGAGCAAUGCAUCGAAAGCUAUGGCUGAGAACAAAGCCCUCGAAGAGAAGAUACAGACUCUUGAGCUGCAACUGGAUGAAAAGAUGAAAGCCAUUGCUGACUGCGAGGCUGACUUGGACAGGGCGACAGAGGAACAUGCGCAAUUGCGCUCUGAAAUGGAAGAUGUCAAACAAGACUUGGAACAGGAACGAUCAAAGUUGAAUACGCUGCAGUCUGAAGUCUCUACAGGGGAGAGUGGCUCAGAUGCUCUGCGAGAACGAAUCGCUGAGGAAGAGCAGAAACACGCAGACCUGUCCCAAAGACUAGCUGAUGCAGAGUCGCGAGCCCAGGAUUUGCAAACCCAAGAAGCGGACUGGACGAAAAAGCUUAAUGUGGCCUCUGAGGCGGAACGGCUUGCUUUAACACGCCAUGAAGCUCGUGGUACUAGAUGCUAUGAGACUUCCCGACAGCUAUACUCUCAAGUUGAUAAGUUAGAGCGGAUGCUUGAGCAGUUGGGCUUUGUAGUCAUUCAACAAGAUGGUCACCUUGUCAUUCAGCGAGCCUCCAAGCUUACUGCCUCUUCAUCCGGCCUUGGUGAGAGCCUGGCUCAGUCUGGGAUUGUCUCUGCCAAGCCCGAUAGUGCACUACUUGGAUGGAUGCAUGCUGACAGCCCAGAAGAUGAAGAGGUCAAAUUUGCUACCUUCAUGGAAAGCAUAUCUCGAUUCGAUGUUUCAGUCUUUGGAGAUGUAGUUGUGAAACGCAUGAAAGAUAUUGAACUUCUGGCUCGCAAAUGGCAAAAGGAGGCUCGCGGGUAUCGUGAGAAGUACCAUCGGGUCCAGAGCGACGCUCAUGACAAGAUUGCAUACCGCUCGUUCAAGGAGGGUGAUCUUGCUCUGUUUCUUCCAACUAGAAACCAGGCUCUCCGUUCUUGGGCUGCUUUCAAUGUUGGCGCACCUCAUUACUUCCUACGCGAGCAAGAUUCUCAUAAGCUCUACGCGCGUGAAUGGUUACUCGCCCGCAUAACCAAGAUCGAGGAACGUGUGGUGGAUCUUUCCAAGUCGUUGAAUGGUGGUACCCUCGACCGACGCUCGCUUGGAGAUGCCAGUGAGGCUGCCUCGAUCGAUGAUGAAAAUCCGUUCGAGUUGUCUGACGGAUUACGCUGGUAUCUGCUCGAAGCCGUCGAGGAGAAGCCCGGUGCACCUGCUACCCCUGGAAUCUCCAAGAGUACAGUCGCAUCUACACCCGUCGAUGCCAAAGGUAGUAUUCGGCUGAAGCGCCCGACUGAAGAAAGCACAGUUGCUCAGACUCUGUCUAAGAGCUUAGAAAGUCGCCGCAACAGCUCUAAUUCGAAACGGGGUACACCUACGCCUUCACAAAAGGCCAACGACUCAACCGUGGACCUAGUUCGUCCUGCUGAGGCAGAUGCUAGCGCUGAUGCUGCCGGCUCUCAGCCUCGUGAAUCUGCUCCGAUUUUUGAAGAGGUUCGCCGCGACCUGCUCUUCGGCCCGUGA